AUUCUCAUCUUUUAACUUUUCAUUACUAAAAGUUUAACAUAAAACUUAAAUCUUACAAGAUUUUGUAACAUUAAACAAAUUGAAUGUGAUUUACAAUUUUAUCUGUCAAGAAACUUGGAUUUACAUAUUGAUAUUGAUUGCUUCUCUACCAUUUGUGAGUUUGGUACAAUUAUGAGAGAAAACGAGGGAAUGAGAAGAGAGGGGUGGGGAAAAAAAAUAAAUAAGCUUAUCUCAUAAACAAUUUUUUUUACAUGUAGUGAGAUUGGAAGAUUAAUUUUGUUCUUUCUUAGUCGAAUUUCAAAGUUUGAGGGUAUUUUUAAUCUAAGAAAGCUCUAAUUGAUGUAGCAUUUAGAAAUGAUUAAAUCUUACAAGAUGUUCUAACAUUAAACAAAUUGAAUGUGAUUUCCAAAUUUAUCUGUCAAGUAUCAGUUUGUCCAGAAUUUUUUUUUUUUUAAUUUUUAACAUUUUAUUUUCUUUUUGAGGGGGAUAAAUUAAAAUAUGGCAAAUGAGGUAUAAAUAAAUAUAAAAUUUAAAAAGAAGGACAAGAUUGUAAAAAAGGUACAACACAUAACAGCGUACGUAGUUUUUUACAUGAGAAAGUAAGAGUAGAAGUAGUGUCAUUUUUGUUGGUGGCCGGCGCCAAAAACCUUCCCAAACACUCCUCACUGUUACAUUUUUGAAAUUGAAACAAGAAGAAGAAGAAGAAGAAGAUCAGAGUGAGAGUGAGGCCUCAGGCCUAGACAGAUAGAGAUCGAGAAUGAGCGGAGCCAAAUUGUGCUCCUUGUUAGGUGAAUUGGGGUACGAAGGUGCGGAGGCAUUAGACCCUGAUAGCUUCGAAUGGCCAUUCCAAUACGACGACGCACGACCUAUUCUCGACUGGAUCUGCUCCAGCCUCCGUCCCUCUAAUGUCCUUUCACUCCCCGAACUAUCCCAGUAUGGACAAUUUCUUCAAGAGGGGAAGCUACUUGAGGGUGAAGACUUGGACUUUGCCUAUGAUAGCAUUUCAGCUUUUGCUUCCAGGAGAGAUAACCAAGAAGCGGUUUUUGGAGCUGAAGAAGGAUUGAAGGACAUCAGGGAUGCAACUAUGGCCUAUAGAACUGAAGCUUUAGACUUGCAGAGACAACUUAGAAGCUUGCAAUCUCAAUUUGAUAUGCUGUCUGGUCAGGCUUCUUCCUUGAUACAAGGGAGACGAGCAAGAGUUGCCGCUACAUCUACUGUCAAUGGACACCUUACAACUGUAGAUGACAGCCUUUCUGCUAGAAAUUUACAGAUGAAUGCAGUUCUAGAAAAGAUUGCUUCUACCUCAGAGGAGUUGGCUCAUUAUCAUUCUGGAGAGGAGGAUGGAAUCUACUUAGCUUACUCUUACUUUGAUCCCUACUUGGUUGGAGAUUCAGCUUGUAUAAAGGAGCUAAAUCAGUGGUUUUCUAAGCAGUUGGACACGGGUCCCUUCCGAUUAGUUGCUGAAGAUGGAAAGUCUAAGUGCUCAUGGGUGAGUCUUGAUGAUAUCUCAAAUAUCAUCAUACGAGCAGAUAUUGAAACAUCUCAUCAUCAACGUGUCUCUGAGUUGCAACGACUUCGUUCAGUUUUUGGGACAAGUGAAAGACAAUGGGUGGAAGCCCAAGUUGAGAAUGCUAAGCAGCAAGCUAUUCUAAUAUCACUUAGAUCUCAAGUAACUUCAGAUGAAGCACACAUUCAUCUUGAUCUUCACUCUCUCAGGAGAAAGCAUUCUGAACUGGUUGGAGAACUAUCAAAUCUUUAUCAUAAAGAAGAGAAAUUGUUAUCUGAGACAAUACCGGAUCUUUGUUGGGAGCUGGCUCAGCUCCAAGACACAUACAUUUUGCAAGGUGAUUAUGAUUUGAAGGUCAUGCGUCAAGAAUAUUAUAUUAACCGACAGAAAGCGUUUAUAAAUCAUCUGGUUAAUCAGCUUGCAAGACAUCAAUUCUUAAAAAUUGCUUGCCAGUUGGAAAAGAAGAAUAUGCUUGGAGCAUAUUCCUUGCUUAAAGUCAUUGAGUCAGAGCUGCAAGCUUACCUUUCAGCAACCAAAGGCCGUGUGGGUCGCUGCCUUGCACUAAUACAAGCUGCAUCAGAUGUGCAAGAACAAGGAGGGGUGGAUGAUCAGGACCAUUUUCUGCAUGGUGUCAGAGAUCUUUUAAGUAUACAUUCAAAUGCACAAGCUGGGUUGUCAACAUAUGUAUCAGCUCCAGGCAUUGUUCAGCAGAUAUCAGGUCUGCAAUCCGACUUAAUGACUCUUCAGUCUGAUCUUGAAAACUCUCUUCCUGAGGAUAGAAAUAGAUUUAUCAAUGAGCUGUGCACUUUAAUUCAAAGUUUGCAGCAAUUGCUUUUUGCCUCUUCAACCACUGCACAACCGAUACUGACGCCUCGGCCAUUAAUGAAAGAGCUUGAUGAAAUGGAGAAGAUUAAUGCCAAACUCUCUGCUGCCGUCGAAGAGGUGACACUUGAGCACUGCAAGAAGAAUGAGAUUGUAAAACAUCACUCUCAAGAGGUUGCUCUGCAGCGACGGGUCUUUGUUGAUUUCUUUUGUAAUCCCGAACGUUUGAGGAGCCAAGUUAGGGAGCUGACAGCACGAGUCAGAGCUUUGCAAGUUUCCUAAUUUCAUAUCUCUGUUUUUAAUCUCUCUCUCCCCUGGUUUCUGUAUGUGCCUGUGAAUGUGCGAAGCAGUCUUGUAUGUAUUUUUGGAAUAACUAAGUUGUAAAUCUCACUACUUGUGGACGACAAUUUUAAUUAAAUGGAAAAUUUCUGGCUCUUUUUAAUUGGUA